UUACACAAGCUGCCUCUGUGUGUGUGCAGAGGCUGGCCAGGAGUCUCCCAGCCCCACCUGUCAGAUGACACCCUCUCCCUCCUUGCCCUGUCCCCUCUAUUCUCCUGAAAUCUUGACCUCCACCUUGGCCAGCCCGGACCAUGCCUCCCAGCCUCACCAGCUACUACUGCUUUAUCUCGCAGAAGAACAUGGAGGACUACCUGCAAGCUCUAAGACAGCCCCCGUGGACAUCAACAUGGCUCUGCGGAAGAUCGCGCUGCUGCUCAAGCCAGGCAAGGAGACUGACCAUCGGGGCAACCACGUGACAGUGAAGACCCUCAGCACCUUCCGAAACAAAGUGCUGGAAUUCGAGGUGGGAGUGCAGUUUGAGGAGGACUUGAGGAUCACGGAUGGACGGAAGUGCCAGAUUCUCCCGCCAGAGGCACCACCUGAGCUCCACGGAGAAGUUUCAACUGCCUGCAAAAUGUUUCCAUCUGCAUGCCCCAAGGUCAAACCCAAAGUCAGGAUCUUCCUACACAAACCUAUUCCUGCUUUUAUAUUUACUGUCUCCAUCAAUGUCAACAACCAGCAGGACCAAAGCCUGGGAGUCACAGUCAUUACCUUGUGUUCCCUUACCGCCAUGCUCCCAACACGUGCGCGUGUGUGCACGCACACGCAUGCACACGUGCACCACAUGUAAUUGGUCAAGAAGCCUGUAUAACUUUUCUGUGCUGUCCAGUAUGGUAGCUACUAGCCAUAUACAGAUACUGAACAUUUGAAAUGUAACCGGUCCAAAUUGAGCUGUGCUAUCAGUGUGAAAUACACACUGAAUUUUAAAGACAAUACCUAAAAAGAGUGUAAAACAGCUCAGAAAUUUUAUA